GGUUCCCGCGUCGCUGCAAAGAAAAAGACAAGCACGGAGCACUGUCGCGGUAGUUACACGAACUUGUUAUGAUAAGAGGACGAAAUAGCGUUCUGUAGCGCUGAGUAUACCUUUUCGCAUUCUUCGUGCAUUUUGCUAAAUCUGCUCACUCCCGCCAGCGGCGUACACUAUGCAUAAGCUGCUACAUACUGUAUAUGUAUCUGAGCGGACCUAUAGCGCGCUUCAUUUAGCCAACACUCAGUUGUUUGUCACUCACGCGGAGAUUGCUGAGCUUGGGUAAUAAACUGCAUAUACGCGCUGAUAGCUAAUAUCUAUACUUACAGCACCUUGCGGGCACGCGGGCGCGCGGGCGGGCGCAGCGGCUCCGAUGCAUAGACAGUUCGCUGUUCCUAAGCGUCACUAACUCCAAGGCAGCGGUUCUUGUGUAGGAAGGAGGUGCCGCAAGCAACGCAUGGCGCACAUGUGGGCCCCUGGGUUACAGAAGCGGGGCAGCCGUAGUCGAUGGAUGACAUCUUUCCUCCUGGUGUUCGUGCUGAUGGUUGCUUCGCCCGCGUGCGCGCACGCACGGAAAAACGCUGGGAAGGGAAAGCGGGGGCCAGCGCCCUCCAAGGCGACCUCCGGUGCCGCCGACACGCGCUGCAGGAGCGGGCCAGGGAGCAAGUCCCGGUGCCCGCCCGCGCCGCCCGCGCCACCAGGGCCGCUGAGCGGCCUUCCGCUGAGUGGCGCCUCACCGCCUAACUUUGUCGUGGUGGUGACGGACGACCAGGAUGAGGUGCUGGGCUCGGCCGACCCCGCCUACAUGCCCGCCCUGCACCGCCUCAUCGGGGCCAGCGGCAGCCGCUUCGCAAACACGCUGGUCUCCACCAGCGUGUGCUGCCCGGCGCGCGUGUCGCUGCUGACGGGCCGCCUGAGCCACUGCAGCAACGUCACCGCCAACUGGUACCCUGCAGGCGCCUUUGGCAAGUUCGCGCGCAGCGGCCUGGACGGCGACUGGCUGCCGGGCUGGCUGCAGGCGGCGGGCUACCACACCGUGCUGGUCGGCAAGUUCCUGAACAGCUUCGGGGUGCCUCUGCCCGCCGGCGUCGUCUGCCCCCGCGGCUGGGACAGCUUCGAAGCGCUGACCACCGGCACCUACGCGCUGUACAACUCCACCUUCUCGCUCAACUGCGGCCCCAGCACGCCGCCGCUGAGUGGGCAGUACCAGACCGACCUCAUCCGAGACAAGGCGCUGGCGUACAUAGACACCGCUGUGGCCGCGCGCAAGCCGCUGUACCUGCACCUCACGCCCGCCACGCCGCACAAGGACAACAACGGCGAGGGCUGGGUGCCGCCGCCGCCCGCGGCGCGGCACGCGGGCCUGUACCCGGGCCUGCAGCUGCCUGCCAACCCCACGCUGCGCACGCCCAACCCGCUGAUCCCAGACACCCGCAUCGACAUGACCAAGGCCCAGUCGGUGCAGCAGAUGACGGACCUGUACGUGGCGCGGCUGCGGGCGCUGCGGGCCGUGGACGAGAUGCUGGAGGCGCUGGUCAACCGACUGGAGGCUCGUGGCAUUCUGAAUAACACCUACAUCAUCUUCACAUCCGACAACGGGCUGCACAUGGGGCAACACUCGCUGCUGGACGGCAAGGGCACCAACCUGGAGGAAGACAACCGCGUGCCGCUGUUCAUCCGGGGUCCGGGCGUGGAGGCGGGCGUGGUCAGCCCCUACCAGGCGAACCUCAUCGACAUCCCAGCCACCAUCUUGGCGCUGGCGGGCCUGCCCCAGCCCCGCGGCCUUGACGGCCUGCCGCUGCCGCUGCCCGGCCUCACCACUGACCUGUAUGACCAGGCCCUGCGCGCAGCAGUGGCCACAACCACCAGUGCGCCUGCGUCCCUCACGUACCCAAGCAGCGGUGUGAGGGCCGCGGCGGCUGGCAGCAACAGCAGCGUGGCUGCCGGGUCCAAGCUGUCGCCGCCGCCCAUUUGGCGCCGCGAGAGUGUCAUCCUGGAGGCGUGGGACUCGGACUCCAAGGCCGGCUACUUCCCCGGCAUCACAUUCAAGGCGCUGCGCCUGUGCUCCACCCUACGACCCAACUUCACAGCGGCGCAGCAGAAGCUGGCGGCGGCGGGCACCAGCGUCCCGCCCGCGCUCAUGGUGCCGCAGCCGGCCGACGCCGCCCGCCAGGGCCCGCCCGUGUACUGCCUGAAGUACUCGGUCUGGUGCAAGGGCAACCGCCGCGAGCUGUACGACCUCUCCACUGACCCGUACGAGCAGACCAACCUGGCGGCGGAGGCGCCGGCGGCGCUGCUGUCGCGGCUGGACGCCGUGCUGAGUGUGCUGGUGCACUGCAAGGGCGCGGACUGCGCACACCCCUACGGCUUGCUGCACCCGGCCGGCGACGUGCUCACGUUUGAGCAGGCCAUGGCCCCGGCGCACGACUCGCUGUACGCGUCCCUGCCCCGCUUCGCCUUCGCCAGCUGCUACCCGCUCUACCUGCCAGCCAACGAGCGCACGUUCACACUGGGCGCGGGGCCGCGCUGGCCCGGCAACGCCAGCUGGGAGAGCACCGGCAUCACGUGGCCGCUCCCGGGGGGCGCACGGGGGCUCACACUGCGGCAGGGGGGAGGUGGAGGAGCAGGAGGAGGCGGUGGUGCGGGAGGAAAUGCUGGUGAUUGAGCGGCGAGGUAAGCAGGGUCACGAGAACCAGGUCCAGGCGCGGGACGGGCAGGUGUGGCUGGGUUGCCGCGCUCACGAAGACGUUAUGCCAGGGGAGAUGGGUGCCUUAUUGAAGAAAUUGAAGACAUGUGUGGGGGGCGACGCGCAUGGGCUACUAUAAUACGAGGACAUCUAUGGAGGGUAAUGGAGUAGGAUCAACAAAACCCAAACAUGCCAAACCAAAUGUCAGGGAGCGUGGGGAGCGCCGCAUGGCCAGGCAGCUGCAUUAAAGAUGCACCAGGUUUGCCACAAUGAUCUUGACCGCGGCCUCGUGCCAUAUGUUGCUGGUUCGUAUGCCGCCGUUAAUGCUUGGUGCUCGCGCACGUGCAUCAUAUGUGAACUUCCGUGCAUGCGGUUUAUGCUAUGUGAAGCUGCAUGUUAUGAAUGUGGGCCCGGAACCAUUCAUUCAGAGCUCGAGAGCAGUUGGUUUAUGGAGCAUAACUGCUAGCAAAUGCCGAAGACGUUGCUAACAGGCUUGCAUGCCCUCAUGAUUGGAUGCUGCUAGAGAUGUGCGCACAUUCCUGCAUAGAGAAGCAGGGGGCUAGGGUGAGAGAGGUGCUUACAGUGUUGGCACGGGACCAUGGACUCAGCCUAGAAGUGUAUACGAUGUUAGCCAUGGUGCAAGCAUUCCACGGCACGGCACGGCACGGCGGCUACGCAAAGUGAUUAAACUAGGCCGGAGGCGGGUGUCCAGGUUUGGGUACCGGUAUAGAAGAUAAGCGGUUGAACGUUGCGUGAAAGGCCGGCGUGACUGUGAAUGGGCACACGCAGAAGGCUACCUAAUCCCAGAACCCCGGGUAAGCCGAUGAUGCGGUUGCCAGAUGUGUCUCUCGUCGUUCACCCUUUCAUGCCAUCCAACCUGGUCUAACCUGAUCCAACCACCGCGCAUACCGGUUUUCCGGUCGCCGUUCGUUCAUGGACACAUGCAUCCUACAUUACAGUGUCGGCCCUCCCCUGGUGUUAAGCACCUUAUCCUGGCUCGUGAUCUGGCUGGCCUGUUCAGUCCUCUUGGCCAUAGCCG